AUAAAUCCAUGAUGUUAGUCUGCUCCAAUGAAAACAGGUGGAAUUCCCUGUUCCUCCCAAUCACGCGCCGUUCCCGGGUAGUCUGGUGAAUGCGGGAGAAACUGAGCUGUUAAAGUUAAAAACGAGGAAUUCAAAGAAGACAAAUAACUGCGUAUCUUUUAAAUAACGUUGGCGUGCUGACGAGGAUAUUGAACAGAGCCUAACUUUAGCCCUGGAGUAAUACAGCAGGAGUGCAAAGGCUGUUCAGAGGAGACGGAAGCAGUGUAAUUAAGUGUGUAAUCGCGUAGCUACAAAGUUGCCCCACCAUACCUACCCGCCGGAUACGUUUCUUCGGGGCAACUUACAGCGAUGGAUAACUGGAAUUUAGGGUUUUGAGACUCGCCGAUUUUGCUUAUUGUAGAUUAUUUGACCGUUUGGAAUCGUCGGAAACCUCCUCUGUGUAUAUUUUUACAGACGGAUAAGCACGACGGUCAUGCCAGCGAAAACAAAGUACAACCUAGUUGAUGAUGGCCAUGAUUUGAGAAUUCCAUUGCAUAACGAGGAAGCAUUCCAGCAUGGGAUCAACUUCGAAGCAAAGUAUAUUGGCAGUCUGGACGUGGCACGGCCGAACAGCAGAGUGGAAAUCGUGGCUGCGAUGAGGAGAAUACGGUACGAGUUCAAGGUGAAGAACAUCAAGAAGAAGAAGGUGAACGUGGUGGUGUCGGUGGACGGCGUGAGGGUGGCACUCAGGAAGAAGAAGAAGAAGAAGGAGUGGACGUGGGACGAGAGCAAGAUGAUGGUGAUGCAGGACCCCAUCUACAGGAUCUUCUACGUGUCCCACGACUCCCAGGACCUGAAGAUCUUCAGCUACAUCGCCAGGGACGGCCAGAGCAACGUGUUCCGCUGCAACGUGUUCAAGUCCAAGAAGAAGAGCCAGGCCAUGCGGAUAGUGCGCACGGUGGGCCAGGCCUUCGAGGUGUGUCACAAGCUAAGCCUCCAGCACACACAGCAGAGCGCAGACGGAGAGGAGGACAGCAACACCUGCAACCAGUCCUCUGUCUCAGCCCGGGAGCUGACGGGCGCGGAAAAACCUGCCGUUGCCGUGGAGACGGACAUCGACGCAGAGGAGGGGGCGCUGCCCGACAGCAAAGAGGACGAGUUCAACCGCGGGGUCACCGACCUCGACGCCACGCCCCUCGACGCCACGCCCCUCGACGCCAACGGAGAUAGCAGCCAGGACCAGAAGGUUCCAGAGGAGGCCUCCCUCCUGCUGGCGAGCCCCAGGAUGCUGCUGCCCUCGUCGGGUAAGAUGCCUCCGGGCACCCCCCUGUCUGUCCACCAUCAGAUCCAGCUGCUCCAGCAGCUGCUCCAGCAACAGCAGCAGCAGACGCAAGUGGCUGUAGCACAGGUACACCUGCUGAAGGAGCAGCUGGGCGUGGAGGCCGCGGCGCGCGUUGAGGCCCAGGCUCGCGUCCACCAGCUGCUGCUGCAGAACCAGGACCUGCUGCGGCACGUGUCCCUGCUGGUCUCCCAGCUGCACCACCUGGAGGCCACGCUCGCGCCCACCUCCCUGGGCUCCCAGGACAGUCUGCUGGAGAUCACCUUCCGUGCCGGCGUGCCCCCGGUGCUGUGCGACCCCUCCACCCCCCAGCCCGACGCGUCCUGCCCCCCCCUGCCGGCGCUGGCCGCGGACCGUCCCGCCCUGGGCUCUCCUCUAGGUAGGGGCCGGUGUCUGCACAAACUCGAGUGUUUCCGCUUCCUCCCCGGCCCCCCCGGGCCCCCCCCUCAACCCCCGGCCCCCCCGGCGGAGGGGGAGGAGAGGCCGGGGGGGAAAGGGGGGGCGUCCGAGGGGCGUCCCGACGGGAUGUCACCGGGCGGCAGCCUGGAGCGUCUGCGGUUCCGAGAGUCUGGCAUCGCCAGCGAGGACGAGUCCAACACGGACGACAGCGACGAGCAGGAGGACUGGGAGGGGGGGGAGGGGGGGGAGGCGGGGGGCGUGUUUGGCUGGGGGGGCGACGAGGAGAGACUGAUCAACGUCAUCAACAGACAGGGUCCGCCAGACUGUCUGGGGGAUGAGAUAGCCGUGUAGCUCCUGACCUCCCCGACACCGACCAGCCUGCCUCCCACACACACACAUUCUCUCUCUGCUGUAACCUCCCUCAAACACACACACAUUCUCUCUUUGAUUUAACCAUCCUCAAACACACACGCUCUCUCUCUCUGACAAAAGGACUGAGUGCUCAGUCAGGACCCUGCCCCCCCACCCCU